AUGUUCGGUUCGUUAACAACCCUAACUCCAGUUCCUGUGUCUCGGCAAUCUUCUGAUUCUGUGGUUCCCUAUGCGGAUCCCACGCAGUAUCAUAGUCUUGCUGGGGUUCUUCAGUACCUUACUGUCACACGCCCGGAUCUAUCUUUUGCUGUGAAUCGGGUUUGUCAGCACAUGCACUCUCCGACUACUGAGCAUUGGGCUAUGCUCAAGCGUGUGCUACGGUACGUUAAAGGUACUCUGCAUUUUGGUCUUUUUAUUUGUCGUUCCUCUUCUGUUGCCAUCCAUGCUUUUUCGGAUUCAGACUGGGCUGGUGAUCCGGCUGACAGGAAAUCCACGAGUGGUUUUGCGCAACGUACAGUUGCUCGUUCAUCUACUGAGGCAGAAUACAAGGCACUGGCUGAUGUGUCUGCAGAAGUCACCUGGCUGGCGAGCUUGGCAUCUCGUUGGCUGUUCCUCCUAUUCUUUGGUGAAAUUGAUUUGUGGAAGAAUCUUUCUAAGGGGGGAGGAGAUUUUGAGGACAACUAUGAGGAUGACAAAAAAGAAAAAGAUCCUUUGCAAGUCUUGGAGGAUCCGAUAACGAGAGCAAGAACGGAGAUACUUCAUGAAGCUGCGAGUGACCUUAUUAAAGGAGUAAGUGAAACUAAUCAAGAAUAUUAA